CUCAUCCGUGCGAGCAUCUGUAGUUGAGAGCGGAGAGGAGGAAGGCGCGUCAGUAUGACCGGGUGCUCAUGCGACGUCUGAAGUUAUUAAGUGUUCCUGCUUUUGUUAGUUCGGAGUCUUUGGCCUCUUUGAACACCAACAGUAAUCAUGGCGGAGGCCCAUCAGGCGGUGGCCUUCCAGUUCACGGUCACCCCAGAGGGCAUUGAUCUGCGGCUCUCCCACCAAGCGCUCUCUGAGAUCUACCUCUCUGGUGUUCGCUCCUGGAAGAAGCGCAUCAUCAGAAUCAAGAACAGUGUGAUUACUGGUGUCUACCCUGCAAGCCCCUCCUCCUGGCUUUUUGUGGUCAUCGCAAUCCUGGCUACGAUGUACACACGCUCCGACCCAUCCAUGGGAAUUAUAGCAAAGAUCCAAGAGCACCUGCCAGUCAGCCAGUCUAUGAGUUCGCAGUGCCAGGCAGUGGUUUCAGCAGUGCUCUUCAGCACCAUGCUGUGGCUCCUGCUCAUCUUCACUAUGCGCCUGUGCCUCAAGCAGCUCCUCUCCUACCAUCGCUGGAUGUUUGAGCAGCAUGGCAAAAUGUCCACUACCACCAAAAUCUGGGUGGCAUUGGUGAGAAUAUUUUCUGGCAGAAAGCCUCUGCUCUACAGUUAUCAGGGUUCACUGCCAAACCUGCCUGUGCCUGCCAUCAAAGACACAGUCAAGAGGUACUUGGAAUCGGUGCGUCCACUGAUGAAUGAUGGCGAAUACGAGCGAAUGACGAAGCUGGCCACAGAGUUUGAGAGCAGCCUCGGCAACCGCCUGCAGUGGUACCUCAAACUCAAAGCUCUCUGGGCUUCAAACUACGUCAGCGACUGGUGGGAGGAGUAUGUCUACCUCCGUGGACGAAGCCCCAUUAUGGUCAACAGUAAUUACUAUGGCAUGGAUUUCUUGUAUGUGACGCCCACACCCAUCCAGGCUGCCAGAGCGGGCAACAGCAUCCACGCUUUCUUCCUGUAUCGCCGCAAACUCAACAAAGAGGAGAUCAAACCUAGUCGUAUCCCAGGCACCGUCAUUCCUCUGUGUGCCGCUCAGUGUGAGAGGAUUUUCAACACCACUCGCAUUCCUGGAGAGGAGACCGAUACUGUGCAGCAUUGGAAGGACAGUGACUACGUCGCCGUUUACCACAAAGGGCGCUACUUUCGCCUUAGAGUGUACCAGGCAGGCCGACUCUUGUCGCCAAGGGAAAUUGAAUUCCAAAUUCAGAGGAUUCUCGAUGACCCUGCACCUCCAUCCAAAGGAGAGGCCAAACUUGGCGCUUUAACCGCUGCAGACAGGGUGUCAUGGGCUGAAGCCAGAGUGAAGUAUUUCAGCAGUGGGAUCAACAAACGCUCCCUGGAUGUCAUCGAGAGAGCCGCCUUCUUCGUGACCCUGGAUGAUGAGGAACAAGGCACGAUGAGAGACGAUCAACCAGCUAGUUUAGAUAACUAUGCCAAGUCCUUGUUACAUGGGAAAUGCUAUGACAGGUGGUUUGACAAAUCUUUUUCAGUGAUUUACUACAAGAACGGGAAAAGUGGCAUCAAUGGAGAGCACUCAUGGGCUGAUGCACCAGUGGUGGCGCAUGUGUGGGAGUACGUUUUGGCCACAGACAGCUUCCAGCUGGGCUACAACGAAGAGGGUCACUGCAAAGGAGAAGUAGACGCAUCGUUGCCUCAACCACAGAAGCUGAACUGGGAAAUCUCUCCUGAAUGUGAGGAGCAGAUCUCGCGGUCCUUGGCAGUGGCCCAGGCUCUGGCCGAUGACGUGGACUUCCACGUUCUCUCUUUCCGAGACUUUGGCAAAGGACAGAUUAAGAAGUGCAAAGUCAGCCCCGAUGCGUUCAUUCAGAUGACUCUCCAGCUGGCCUACUACAGGGAGCGGGGGACCUUCUGUUUGACGUAUGAGGCGUCCAUGACUCGUCUGUUCAGGGAGGGCAGGACUGAGACGGUUCGUUCCUGCACCAAUGAGAGCAGUGCCUUUGUCCGAGCCCUGGAAAAUGGAGAGCCGGCAGACGUAUGUAGGCGUUUGUUCCGUGGAGCCAGUGAAAAGCACCAGCAGCUGUACCGCAUGGCCAUGACUGGAGCUGGCAUCGACCGACACAUUUUUUGCCUCUAUGUGGUCUCCAAAUACCUUGGACUGGAGUCUCCUUUCUUAAAAGAAGUGCUGGCUGAGCCAUGGAGGCUGUCCACAAGUCAGACUUCAAUCCAGCAGGUGGAGCUGUUUGAUUUGGCUAACCACCCAGAGUACAUCUCCUGUGGAGGCGGCUUUGGACCGGUGGCUGAUGACGGUUAUGGAGUUUCUUACAACUUUAUAGGGGAGAAUGUUAUUAACUUCCACAUCUCAUGUAAACAUUCCUGUCCUUCUACGGAUGCUCAUAAGUUCGGCGAUCAGAUUAGAAAAGCCGUGAACGACCUGCUUCAGCUGCUAAGCCCCAACCAAAAAGAGAGCAGUAAAACGGAGGAGAGCCAACCGAAGGUCAAGAAGGAGCAGUAGACAGUCCAAAAGUGUGCAGGCACAGAGAAGACGUGAUGAAGUAAAGGGGGGGGUUGGUGUCUCUCCUGUAGAGAGAAUGGAACUUUCUGGUGGAUGACGAUCAUAGAACCUUACGGUGGACCUUGAAAAGAAAGUUUUACUGAUGCGUCCAUCUGUGAGAGAAGCGCCUUUGGCUUCAGCAGUUCAAUCAAUCAAACAUGCAUUUCUAUGAAUUCUCCUUACUAAGAUGUUAGCUUUGCAAACGCCAGUAUGUGUCCGUUGCACCGUUCCGUGUUGGGACUUAAACUCCUGACAUCACUUUACUUCAGGGAAUAAUUUAACACGGAUAGCAGCGAGGGAUGUUUAAUUUGAAUUAAAUUGUUUAGUUUGGUUUAGAUGAUUUAUUAUAGGUGAUUAGUCUUCAUUUCUGAGGUGUGGUGAGAAGAGCUGCUGUUGUGAUUUCAUUGUCUGCCUUCUGAAAGCAAACUAUUGAAAGAAAGACUCCAGUGAGCCGGAUGCAGAGCGCUACGUUUCAUUCGCUAAACCGAACAUUUAAAAAUAUUUUUUAGUUUUGGCUUUUAUACUUUUUACUAAUCAGAAAUACGUAUGCAUGCAGAAAUUAACGUCAUAGAUUUAAGGAGAGAACAGAGGUUUAAGAAACCAAAAACAGCGGACAAACAUGUAUAUGGAAUUAUACUGCCUUACGUGAAGAUGAAAGAGUGGAGCAAUUAUGUAGAAUUUAACCACGGUAAGAUUUAGCUUUUGUUGAGUCUUUCUCACUUUUUUCAUUAGAAACUCCCCCCAGCACUGUUAGAAAAAUCAUUUUACUAAAUGAAUAAAAUACAGAAUUUAAGGAUCGAAAUUGUAAUUUUCCUUUUAAGCUUUGAGUGCUUUAAUGAUAGCUUUUGUCUCAAAACACGAAUACCUAGACAGUUUUUUUAGAUCUUUGGGCAGUAAAAGGUCUGAAAACUUUAUUUUUGUUCAAGGCUGUUUAUUUGUCUGGUCCCAUUAGUUUAACGAUCUGGAGGUCUCCUCUGUGUUUUCUCAAAAAAUGAUUAUAAUAAUGUGCAAGAUGUUGAGAUAAUAAACCUAAAAUUCCGUUUCUGAUGGACAAACUUUUAAAUACAGCAUAAACUCCUUUAUAACCUUUAUUUAAGCAUUUAAUCAGUAUGCCAGGUUUGUAAAGCAAAAAUCUGUACUGUGAAGAGCUUGACACUUCACUGCCACUUUUCCUGUUGUUGUAUUAUUAUUAUUUUUUUGGUACAUGUGUUUUAAAUAUGCGCCAUAACAAUGCAAGAUGUAUUUUAGAACAUGUGCAAUUAUUCAGUCAGCAGUGCUGCAGGUCAGAUGUCAAAACGAUAUUGUGAAAAGUGACACUUCUGUUUUUUUUAAGCUCCUCAUCAAUUCAGCUAUUCUAUAUAUUAUUGCUAUUGUGAAGCUUUUUAAUGGAAUAUAACAAAUUCAAAUAAAAAUGUUCUUAAUAAACUG